AUGGCAUUCAGCAUGGGGGCUGCAAACCCUCCCGCCGAAUUGGGACCGGAACUUCCAGAUCCUAUAUGCGGAGCCACCAAAGGCAUAGUAGUCGGUGCUGGUCCGAACACGUUAUGUGUUGCGUCUACUGAGUCCGUCAGAGCGGCUAUAUCCGCAGAUGACGAGAAAGAGAAGGUCAAGACAAAGCCGUUCCAACCGCAAGCGACUAUCUCGCUUCCCGGAAGACCUACGCAUAUAGCAUUUGCCUCUGGCGAUAGCGCCCUGGUGCUUGCGACAGAAAGCGGGACUCAUCUGUCGGUCUUUGAGACAGGAAGCCUACUACAGCCUAAUGCGCAGCCUGCUAUAUCCAUUCCUACCAAUGGCGCCACUUUCCGGACUGUUGCGCCCAAUCCAGCCCAGGCGGAGGAUUCCCAUUCAUCCCUUGUGGCCUUGGUAACGAACGCUGGCGAGUUGUUAAUGGCGGACCUGAAGGCCGGCAAUCUCGUCACGGGAGCAAAUGGCAACAUCUUGAAAGCCGAUGUUAGCUCUGUUGGGUGGAGUAACAAAGGCAAGCAACUCGUAGCUGGCCUCGUGGACGGAACUGGUUAUGUGAUGACUCCAGAUGGCGUGCAGAAGGACCUCAUCCCUAAGCCUCCAGAUCUCACAGAUCCCUGUCAUGUAUCAUCCAUCGCGUGGCUUGAGAACGAUAUCUUCUUGAUGGUGUAUACUCCGAAUGUUGCAGAAGAUGAUGCGGGACUGACUCCCUCGUCGUCAUACUAUAUCAUCACAAGAAGAAAGCAACAGCCUUUCUUGAUACAGAAGCUGCCUGAACUGGCUAGCCCUUUCGGCUAUAAACGUGCGCCGGCUUACCAGUUCAUCGCACGUAUCCGGAAUUACAUGCCACAUCUGACGGAUGCUUUGAUUGUGUCUUCCACGGCAUCUGCAGACAUUGGAUUAAUUACUAGGUCUUCUCAGGCACUAGCGAGUGACGAUAGUGCCAGAGCCAUCGUGGGACAAUUUGCUACGACGGAAGUGAAUGACGACUCCAAAAAAGCUUCGGUUCCCUUAAAGGACUCAACCGACGAAACGUCAGUUAUAGGUUUGGGUCUUGAUUUUUCAAGUUCAGAACCUGUCAUAGCCCCCAUUCAAGGAGAGGAUAUUGCUGAAAGCUCAACUCCCUUGCCCAAUCUCCUCCUAUUAAACCACGAGGGCGUUCUAUGUUCUUGGUGGUUCGUAUAUAACGAGUCAAUCCGGCAAAAGGUACCAUACGACGGAUUGACUUCUGCUAAAACGCAAGUACCGCCUGCGCUGCAAUCGCAGUCAACACAACCGCAGCCCGCGGCGCAGUCACCUUUUGCGCAGCCGUCCUUUGGCAGCCCGGCAGCACCAUCUAGUUUUGGCACCACAGGCUUCGGCAAGCCGUCUGCGGCACCUGCAUUUGGCAGUCCUUCAGUUCCAGGAACCCCUCAGCAACCCAGUUUUGGAAAACCUUCAUUUGGGACGCCUGCCUUUGGCACAUCUGCCUUCGGGGCGCCUGCCUUUGGCGCGCCCGCUGCGUUGGGCUCGAAUGCACCCAAGUUCGGUCAAUCUGGAUUUGGACAGUCGUCGACUCCGGUGAAAAGCCUUUUCGGAGCAUCUGGUGCUCCUGCAGGAGGUGGUUUCGGUUCGUUCGCGAACGUAAGUGGCGGCGGUGGUUUCGCCAGUCUGGCCACGUCAAAGCCCUCGGAGGGGUCUCCCUUUGGCAAACUGCCUAGUGAAAAUCCGUUUGGGAAAUCUUCUGUAUUUGGUGCCCAGUCCGAGACCACCGCAUUCACUCCCCAGAAAACGGAGGAGUCUAAGGGGGCUUUUGGUGCGGGUUCCAGUGGUUUCGUCCUUGGGUCAACUUUCAAGGGGGACGGUACUGCCGUCAAUGAUGCGCCGAAGCCCGAAAAACCUUCCGGGUUGUUCUCAUUCGGCUCCUCAUUCGAUGAAAUGGUCUCUACGCCCAGCAAAACCAGCCCGCCUACAGAAGCAAUGGAUGACAUUGAGGACUCGAAUGCUACUAGUCAAAACCUUCCGGCAGCAAAGGAACCAGCACCCUCCCUAUUUGGUGCAAGCUCGAAACCUUCCACUGGAUCGUCGAUUUUCGGAUCUUUUGGAUCACAGACGCAAAACCAAUCACCAUUUGGUUCAGCACAAACGAGCAAGUCUCCAUUUUCACUACUUGGAAAUAAAAAAGCCGACAACCAAGCGCCAAGUCCCUCGUCGGCACCCUCGGAGAAGACUGCAGUGGCUAGCCCACCUUUCACAAAAGCCAAGUCACCUGAACCUGAACCGCCCCUUCCUCCUGACUCUACAAGCAGGGCCGUAUAUGGUCCGGGUGACACAUCUGCAUCUUCCAAUGUCUCAAAAAGCUCUGUUGAUGAUGCACCUCUACCGCCAGAUUUCACAGCGUCCCGAAAGUCUCCUGAGCCUGAAAGCGAACCGCCUUUGCCGCCUGAUUUCCUCACGCAGCCUAAGAAAGAAGAACCAGAGGAAGAGGAGGAACCGGUGAAGGCCGAAGAGGCACCAUUGCCUCCAGACUUCACGAAGCCAAGUGCGCCCUUGGGGAAAGACUCUCCCUUGGUUCAAGAGGAAUCGGACGCAGGCUCGGAUCUCGGGUCGGACGCAGAUGAAUCACAGAAGGGUCCCCCCGAGGAUGAGUCUGAGCUCGAAGACAGUGGUGAGGACAACACGCAUGAAGUCAAGGAACCGAGCGUUGAGUCAUCACCAGAGAGUUCUCUCGACGACAAACACAUGGGUGAAGGCUCAGCUGGUGGGCUGUUUGGCAAGAAGCAGUUAUUUGGAGAAAUAAGCAAGCCUUUGUUCCCUCAAACAGCACAAAGUCGCGAACCUCCGAGAUCUCCUAGCCCGAUACGGCCUCCUCGUACUCGGCAAGGUCUCCCGAAAACUGAAAAUCUCCGCUCUAUCAGUGCUCCACACAAGCCUGGAGAUGCUCUUGCUGCCCGAAAAGCCUCUCUCACCGAAUUAGCAAAGCGCGAAGAGCUCCGACAACCGGCGCGCAGCCGUGCCCGGGAGCCUGAACCUCAGCCUGUCGAGACGGAAGAAGAAGCCUUGUCCGACGAUGAAGACGAGCGACUCCGUGCGGACCUUAAUAGGCCACUAGAGCCCGUACCUACACUAGACCCCUUCCUACCUCACCAGGAUUACACGGGUGAAACCUCGAAACCUGGUAUUCCCGGCCAAAUUGAGAGGCUUUACCGCGAUAUCAACUCCAUGGUGGAUACUCUUGGGAUAAAUGCGCGCUCCUUGUCUUCUUUUCUUCUUUAUCAACAAAAGUCCACUGACUCCAAUUGGAUCAACAUACUGAGAAGUGAUAGCCCAACUGAUAUUCUGGAUGAGAAACUGCUUCUUCGGCAAAUUGAGGAUUUGGAUUCUACCGUCAGUGUCCUUGCAGAAUCUCUUGAGAAGCACAGAGUGCAAGGGGUGGAAGAGAAGCUUGAAAGCUGCCGAGAACUGUUGGGUAAGGACAUCUUCACCCUUCGCAGCCAAUGUGCUAGUAUCAGAAAGACGCUUGACGCGUACACCGAUGCUGCAUCAAUCGUUUCUGCACCUCUUUCCGCAGAGCAGGCAAACCUCCAACAGGAUCUUCGGACAUCGUCAGUCGAGAUCCAGACAAAAUUGGCAGAACUCGAAUCUGCAGUAUCUCUUCUACGAGCUAAGAUUGCAGAUUCUCCCCGCGCGGAUGGAUCACGGCCCUCUACUAGGCGGCCCACGGUCGAGGCUGUCACGUCAACCAUUGCAACAAUGAUGAACAUGGUCGAAAGCAAGAGCGGUGACAUUGAUGUUUUAGAAGUUCAAAUGAAAAAGCUGGGCUUUGAUACAUCGGCUGCUCCCCCCAGCCGGGAGGGAUCUCCUUUCACGACCCCGCGAAAGGGUCUGAGCAGAGUUCCUGCUACUCCUGGGUCUCGCGGGACUCUGGAAGAUCCAGUCAGUUCGUACCACACACCGGAUUCUAGUUCCCGAGGCAUAAAUAUGCGUUCGAGCAUCAACGGCUCAGCAAAAGCGAGUAGACUCCGGCUUGUGGAGCUUGUGAACGACGGAGGGGACAGAAGGGAGGUCGCGCAGUGGAAGGCCAAAAUGCAGCGCAAGCAGCAUCUUAUGGGUAGCCUCAGAAAGGCCAUCGAGGAGAAGGAGACGAAGGUCCGAAGCGUGGACGAUAUUUAGGACUCUACACGCUGUCUAUUGCAUAUUAUUGGGAUGUUCUAUUCUUGCUACGAACAGUGAACCCGACGAGUCACGGCAUGGAGCAAUUGGGGAC